GUUUAUCGCAAUAAUCGUUUCCACGUUCCGUUUGGACGUCUGUCCCGCAGUGACAUCCUGGAGGCGCGCAAAAUACUCCAGAAACUUUACCUACUGAUCAAGGAAAUGGAAGCGGCACGACGCGAUCGAAAGGGCGUCGAUGAUAUCCGCCAAAUCGCACGGCAGCAGGUCGACCUAACGAAUAGUUUCUACAGUUCAAACCAAAAGAUACCUUAUCAAGUCGACUGGAUGCCGAAGGAGAUAUAA